AUGGAAAACUACCCACGGGAGAGCGCCUCAGGACCCAACCUCACAAAAUGCACCGCCCCGCCUGCUAGCAGUCUGCAGACGGUGCAGCUCACAGAUGAAAUGGCGGUGGUGGUGGUUGUUCUCAGUCUCCUCACAUUCCUCACUGCACUCAUCAACGCCGCUGUCAUCAUCGCUAUCUGCACCACCAAGAAGCUCCACCUACCAGCCAACUACCUCAUCUGCUCUCUGGCCGUCACAGACUUCCUGGUGGCGCUCCUGGUGAUGCCCAUCAGCAUCCUCUACUACAUGACCAUGGAGAUGUGGCCCCUGGGUCAGGUGGUGUGUGAGUUGUGGUUGAGCGUGGACAUGACCUGCUGCACCUGCUCCAUCCUGCACCUGUGCGCCAUCGCCCUGGACCGGUACUGGGCCAUCACCAAAGCCAUCGAGUGUGCUCGCAAGAGGUCGGCCCGCCAUGCCGCCUUCAUGGUGGGGAUGAUCUGGGUCAUAUCAGUUUUCAUAUCCAUGCCACCCUUAUUCUGGAGGCAGAGGUCUAGCAGUGGCAUUUUCCAGCAGUGCAUCAUAGAGCAUGACCACUUGGGAUACACUAUAUACUCCACUUUUGGGGCAUUUUACAUUCCCAUGAUCAUCAUUCUCAUCUUAUACUACAGGAUUUACAAUGCCGCAAAAACUCUCUACCAGAAGCGUGGCUCUUCUCGGCACCUCAGCAGCCGAAGCAUGGGCAGUCAGAAUUACCAAGUCUCCCACACAUUCUGUGUGUCAGACUUGUCCAACUCAGAUCUUACUCUGGCUACGGACAAACUAAACGCAACCAUACGCAUCCCAUCCUUUGAGAAGAACAUAGAUGGGCAGGAUGAGAAGAACCAGAUAUGUACCUCACGGGAGAGGAAAGCAGCUCGGAUCCUUGGCCUCAUCUUCGGGGCCUUCAUUAUCUGCUGGCUUCCUUUCUUUAUAAAGGAGCUCCUGGUGGGUCUGCAAAUGAUAUAACCUUCUCCACUUAUCUGUGACUUCCUGACAUGGCUGGGGUAUAUCAACUCUCUUAUCAACCCCCUGCUGUACACCAGCUUCAAUGAUGAUUUCAAGCUGGCUUUUAAAAAGCUUCUCAAGAGAAAAGAGCAUGCAUAA